AUGGUGGUCGUUGUGGUGGUUGUAGUGGUGGUGGUGGUGGUUGUUGUGGUGGUGCUGGCCAUGACGGUGGUUGUGGUAGCCAUGGUGGUGGUGGUGGUGGCCAUGGAGGGUGUGGUGGUGUGGUUGGUAAUGGUGGUGGUGGUGGUAAUGACGGUGUUGGUGGUGGUGGCAGUGAUUGUUUGUUGUAGUGCUGCUGGUUGUUGUGGUGGUUGUGGUGGUGGUGGUCAUGGCGAUGGUUGUGGUGGCCAUGCUGGUGGUGGUGGUGGCCGUGGUUGUUUAGUGGUGGUGGUGGAUGUGGGGGUGUGGUGGUGGGGUAGUGGUGGUGGUGACCGUGGUGUUGAUUUUGGGAGUGGUAGUGGUGGUGGUCGUGGUUAUGGUUAUGGUGGUCAUGGUUGUGGUGCUGGCCUUGUUGGUGGAGGUGCUAUUGUUGGCCGUAGUGGGAGUAGGGGUAGUGGUGGUUGUUAUGGCUGUGGUGUUGGUGAUGGUGGGGGUGGUGGUUGUGGGGGUGGUGGUAGUGGCGGUGGUGGUGGUGGUAAGGGUGAUUGUGUUGGUGGUUAUGGUAGUGGUGGUGGUGACCGUGGUGUUGAUUUUGGGAGUGGUAGUGGUGGUGGUUGUGGUGCUGUUGUUGGCCGUAGUGGGGGUAGGGGUAGUGGUGGUUGUUAUGGCUGUGGUGUUGGUGAUGGUGGGGGUGGUGGUUGUGGGGGUGGUGGUGAUAGUGGUCGUGGUGUGGUAGGGGUGGGGAUGAUUGUUUCGGGUGGUGGCUGUGGUGGUUGUGGUGGUGGUGGUGAUGAUGGUGGUCAGGGUGGCGGUUGUAGUGGUGGUCAUGGUGGUGGUGGUGGGGUGGGAAUGAUUGUUCAGGGUGGUGGCCGUGGUGGUUGUGGUGGUGGAGGUGAUGGUAGUGGUCAAGGGGCAGUUGUGGUGGUGGUCAUGGUGGUGGUGGUGGGUGGUUGUGGUGUGGUAGGGGUGGGGAUGAUUAUUCAGGGUGGUGGCCGUGGUGGUUGUGGUGGUGGUGGUGAUGGUGGUGGUCAAGGUGGCGGUUGUGGUGGUGGUCAUGGUGGUGGUGGUUGGGUCCGUCGCAAUGGUUGUGGUGGUGGUGGUGGUUGCGGUGGUUGUGAUGGUUGUGGUGGUGUUGGUGAUAGUGGUCGUGGUGUGGUAGGGGUGGGGAUGAUUGUUCAAGGUGGUGGUCGUGGUGGGGAUUGUAAUAGUGGUGGUAGUGGUGCUCGUGAUUGUCGUGGUAGUGGUGGUAGUGGUCCUGAUGGUGGUAGUUGUGGCGGUGGCAGUGCUUGUGGUGGUGGUGGUUGUAGUGAUGGUAGCCGACAUGGGGUCGUGGAGGUGCUCGUGCUGGUGGCCGUUGGGUUGGUGGCUGUGGUGGUGGCAGUGGUGCUGUUGGUGCUGGUGGAUGUGCUGUGGUGGUGUUGUAAUGGUGGCGACCGUGGUGUUGAUUUUGGGAGUGGUAGUGGUGGUGGUCGUGGUUGUGGUUGUGGUGGUCAUGGUUGUGCUGGUGGCCUUGUUGGUGGAGGUGCCGUUGUUGGCUGUAGUGGGGGUAGGGGUGGUGGUGGUGGUGGUUAUGGCUGUGGUGUUGGUGAUGGUGCGGGUGGUGGUUGUGGGGGUGGUGGUGAUAGUGGUCGUGGUGUGGUAGGGGUGGGGAUGAUUGUUCCGGGUGGUGGCCGUGGUGGUUGUGGUGGUGGUGGUGAUGAUG